UCAUGCUACUGCCUUUGGUUACCUUUACCAGUCCAUCAGUGAAAACUCACCUUCUAUACAAUCUAUCGAAACAUCAUCUAAAGUUACAUAUUUGGAACAGGAAACCAAACAGUAAACGAACAAAAACAGAGAAAAAAACCCUAAGACAAAACUAAUCGAUUUGACCGUGAAAGGAGUGGUCGAUCCGCCCUAGAGUCGCACUCGAGAGCUGGUCUGGACUCUAGUUGAGCAAUCUGAUAAAAAGUACAGAAACUAAAGGCGCAUAGCAAGUAUUUUAUAACCUAAUACAUCAAAUAGUAGCAAUAUAUAACUUUUAUAUAUAACAAUGUCGUCCUGGGGGAUCUUUAUGCGGAGACAGCAGCAGUUUUGCUCGCUGUUAAAACUUCAUCAACUCAACAUCCAGCCCCUGUGUCAUCAGAGAGGAUUGCAUAAAACAACUGCUGUCAAAACAUACGACGUGAGAAAGGUGGAGUUAACACCACUGGAACAAAGGAAACUCACCUUUGACUCCCAUGCGCUCGUCAAAGAGCUGGAAUCAAGCGGCUUCGAGAAGAGGCAAGCGGAGCUGAUUGUCACAGCAUUAGUGACUCUUACUACGGCCAAUAUUGACAUUGUAUACAGAGACAUGGUGACUGGAGCACAUCAGGAAAUCGCUUUACAGCAAAUCAUGGCUCAUCUCGAUGCUAUCAGGAAAGACAUGGUUAUCCUGGAGAAGAGUGAAUUUGCCAAUUUACGUUCAGAAAAUGCUAAAAUGAAAACUGAACUGGAGCAAAUAACGAACAGACUGCUGGAAGAAAGCCAAAAAAUAAGAGCUGAAGCAAAGUUAGAUAUUAAUCUGGAGAGAAGCAGAGUUACAGAUAUGUUUACAGAACAAGAGAAGAAACUGAUGGAUGUUAGAAUGGAGUUUCAAAAAAUGAAUGCAGAUAUAGAAAGUGAAGCAGUUGAAACGUCAAAGAAAAUAGACAUCCAAGUAGCGUCUUUGAAAACACUCCUGGAAUCGCUCAAGUUGGAGACUGUUAGAUAUCUUGCAGCAUGCAUCUUUACCUGCUUGGCAAUUGCCUUGGGAUUCUAUCGCUUCUGGAAAUGAAGCUCACAAAACUGGAGAGAGUUCAAGUUUUACCUAAACCUCAUGUAACUUUAUUAUCUUUUUGUUAAUAUUUUUCAUGUAAGCAACAAAAUUGAGGUGUAAAAACAUUUUACUUUAAAGGGCCAAAAAAAAUCAAACUCGUUUUAGAGUAUAUAAUCAUUUUUUAAAGCUAUUGCUAACAAUUGCUCAAAGUACAUCAACAUUAAGUAUGUCCAGAUAGUCCUCUUUUAAGCAAGUGUAGUACAUACUUGUACAAUUUUCAGAAAACAUUUCUUGAAAUGUUUUGAGUUUGAGCAUGUUUGAAUGCCACUUUACACGAGUAUUAAGUGAUUUUGUAUUUUUAAACAGGGUUAUUAAACCUCAUCUGGAAACGGAA